AUUGACAACCGUUACUUUUUUAUAACGGAUUUAAUUAAAAAGAGAAAGAUUAAGAUAUUCUAUAUUCUAAAGAAGAAGAACCCUGUAAACAGCUUUAUUAAAAUACUUGGUUUAAAAAUAUUCUCUGUAUUUAAAUAUUUACUGAAUAUAAAAUCUUAUUUAGUAGUAGGAUCACUACAUGCUUAA